AUGCCGGGCGAGGUGGUUGUGCAGGAGCUCAUCGAUCGGUUCGGCAACCGCAAGAAGGGCUGGCCCAAGAAGCUGCUCAAGAGCCUGGAGGAGCGCAACGCCGCGCUGCUGGCAGCCAUCCAGGAGCGCGUGUGCUUCGUGCCCAAGGACCUGUUUUGGCCCCUGGGGCAGGCCUGCAAGGACGUCCUCACCGGGAAAUACGACGAGGAGGCGGAGAGGGAGGCCAAGGCAGCCAAGGAGGCGGAGAAGAAGGCGAAGGAGGCGGCAGCUGCCGCGGCCGCAGCUGCCGGCGCCUCCGACGACGGCGGCUCCGAGCGGGACGGCGGCGGGGCCCGCGGGCCCGUCGGCGCCAAAGGCUUGCCGCUCGCCGCGGCGGCGGACGCGGCCCGGGAGGAAGAGCAGCGGCGGCGAGAAGAGGAGGAGGCAAGGGCGCGGGACGAGGGGCCGUCACCUCGGCGGUACUACCGAGACUCCAGCGAUGAUGAGUCAGAGGAAGGGCGACGCGCCAACAUGCUCGGGAAGCUGCAGGGGUACGACUACCGGCCGCAGCAGACCGGGGGCACCGCCAGCGUCAGGGGGGAGGGGCAGUACCCAGAUGACGCCUCAGAAUACCCAGAGGAGCCCCUCUCAGAAUAUGGAGGCCGCGGCGCGGGCGCCGGCAGCGACGACGACAGCGACAUUGUGACGCUGCGGGGCACUGUGCUGUACGAUUUUGAGGCGCAGGAGGAGGACGAGGUGGCGGUGGCCAAGGGGGAGGCGGUGGAGGUGGUCUACGAGGUCGGGGGCUGGCUGCAGGUCAUCACCCCGAGCGGCGCGCGCGGUCUGGUGCCCAAAACCUAUGUCACCAUCCACGAGGAGGAGGAGGAGGCGCGCGCGGACGACACGCGCAGCAUCAGCAGCCGUGCGAGCAGCGUGUUUGGGGAGACCCAGGCCGACGCGGCCGCUGACUACAACAGCUUCCUAGCCAGGUGA